AUGGUCGCGACGGGCAAGGACGCCGACAACAAGCUGGUGCACGUGGCGACCAGCAUCUGCGACAAGGAGAACACCGACAACUACUCGUGGUUCCUACAGGGUGAUGAAGAACAACGUCGACAUCGGCGGAGGUACUCAACAGCUCGAAGACCACCCUCUUCACGGACAAACACAAGUCGCACGAACCUGCCGUCACCCUUCACGCGGCGCCCAACACUGUGUGGAGGUGGUGCCUUCGUCAUCACAUCAAAGCACUUCCCGACAUCAAACUCCUGGACAGCCAGGGCGCCAACCCGCACCAAGUUCAUGGACAUCAUGGACGCCAAGGUCAAGCCAACGAAGCCGAAAGCCUACGCCGCUCUAUUGGACCCGAAGAAACCCCACGAACUUGUCAAGUGGACGCACCACGCCGGACCCAGCGACACCGCCAUCGGUUCUGUCGUGCCGUCCAACGCGGCCGAGCAAAACAUGGCUAUGGUAGGCUUGCAGGGGAGGAAGUUGCCGCCCAUGGCCCAACACAUCCUGGACAAGACCGCCUCCCAGAUGACAGAGGGGGCUGAACUUUGCAACAGCACCUCGCAGAGGUUUACCCCUUACGCCGCGACGAGUUCGAGGCUCAGCGCGGGAAUCCAGCAACCUGCCUUCCCGCGCCACCUGGAACGGCAACUUGACUGUUCGCAAACUAGGCAGCAACUACGGCAACCGAGUGGGGCUGGAGUUCGGGACAGAUGGCGUGGUGACUCGCAUGAUUCGUUGGACAAGUCCGACGAGGCCAUGUCAAGCAUCGACCCGGCCUACCACCUGGACACCUACCGAGCCCUGUACGCGGACAGCCGGUUCGAGGUGCAGCUGCCCGUGCCGGAUGAGCUGACGGUUGACGUGGACAUUCUCCCUCCGGCCUGGGUGCCCAACCAGGCUGGUCGCCCCAAGAAAAAGGGGCCCUCGAUGAUGAAGAGGAUCCCAUCCAGGGGAGAGCACGCUUCGUCGACCUCCGACAACGUCCGCCUGAUGCCCGCCCGCCCUGUCUGA